GGGACGCCUAGUGUUUAUCUCGCUCUCUCUGGUUUGGACCCUCCCCGGCGGUGUGUGUAUAUAUGGAGAGAGCAGGAUAGUGUUAUUCGUUUCCGCGGUCUCUUGUUUAUCCGGCUGCACACCGCAAUCUGCGGCAGAGCUGAGGAUGAGCGACCAGGGAAAGGGUUCGGCAUCCACUCCUGCAGGGGCCCUAGCGCCGGGGUCGGAUACAUACAAAGGCUGGCUUUUUAAAUGGACUAACUAUUUGAAAGGGUAUCAACGCCGAUGGUUCGUCCUCAGCAAUGGCCUUCUGUCGUAUUACAGGACUCAGGCAGAGAUGGCCCAUACGUGUCGCGGCACUAUCAACCUGGCCACAGCUCACAUCGACACAGAGGACGCCUGUAACAUCGUCCUGAGCAGCGGCGGCCGCACCUACCACCUGAAGGCCAGCACUGAGGUGGAGCGUCAGAGAUGGGUCACAGCGCUGGAGCUGGCCAAGGCUAAAGCCAUCCGCAUGAUGAACAACCAGUCUGAUGACUCAGGGGACGAGGAGCCCACAACCCAGUCGGACCGCAGUGAGGGGAUCCAGGGCACUCUGAAGACCCUGAUCAGCAAGCUUGAUGACCUCAGCACGUGUAACGACCUAAUCGCCAAGCAUGGGGCGGCCCUGCAGCGCUCUCUGAGUGAACUUGAGACGCUGAGAGUCCCCGUGGAGGGAGGAGAGAAGGUCAAGGGCGUCAACGAGCGAGCCACCCUCUUCCGCAUCACCUCGAAUGCUAUGAUCAAUGCAUGUCGGGACUUCCUGGACCUAGCGGAGACCCACAGCAGGAGAUGGCAGCGGGCGCUGCAGUAUGAGAGAGAGCAGCGUAUCCACCUGGAGGAGACCAUAGAGCAGCUAGCCAAGCAGCACAACAGUCUGGAGAGAGCCUGGAGAGAGGCCCCCACACUGUCCACCAACACGCCCAGCGCCCCCACCACCGAGAAGGGAGGGAGUGAGAGGCAGCAGAAAGGGGAGGCGAGUGAUGAAGAUGAGGAGACCGAGUACUUUGACGCCAUGGAGGACUCCCCUGCCUUUAUCACAGUGACCGCCACUGAGAACACACAGCACAGGCAUUCUCAGAGUAACCUGAGUGGAGCGAGUGGAGGCCAGACCAAUGACUGGAACCAGGAAAAUGUGUAUCCUAGCUGUAAUGAUACAGGGAAGGAGCUGCAGCCCCUCAGAAGGAGGCGGAGCCACAUCCCAGACAAGCCCAAUUACUCCCUUAACCUGUGGAGCAUCAUGAAGAACUGCAUUGGCAAGGAGCUCUCCAAGAUCCCCAUGCCUGUAAACUUCAACGAGCCUCUGUCCAUGCUGCAGCGGCUGACAGAGGACCUGGAGUACCAUGAGCUGCUGGACAAGGCGGCGCGCUGUGAGAGCUCCCUGGAGCAGCUGUGUCUGGUGGCAGCCUUCUCUGUGUCCUCCUACUCCACCACCGUCCACCGCACAGCCAAACCCUUCAACCCCCUGCUGGGGGAGACCUAUGAGCUGGACCGCCUGGACGACUUCGGCUACCGCUCACUGUGUGAGCAGGUGAGCCAUCACCCCCCAGCAGCAUCUCACCAUGUGAUUUCUCAGCGAGGCUGGACCCUCUGGCAGGAAAUCACCAUAGCCAGCAAGUUCCGUGGCAAAUACCUCUCCAUAAUGCCUUUGGGUGCCAUUCACCUGCAGUUCCACUCCAGUGGGAACCAUUAUGUUUGGAGGAAGGUAACCUCUACCGUGCACAACAUCAUCGUGGGCAAGCUGUGGAUUGACCAGUCAGGGGACAUUGAGAUAGUCAACCACAGGACCAAGGAGACAUGCCAGCUCAAGUUCUCCCCCUACAGCUAUUUCUCCAGGGAAGUCCCACGCAAGGUAACGGGGGUGGUGUCAGACAGUGGAGGGCAGGCCCACUACAUCCUGUCUGGCACGUGGGACGAUAAGAUCGAGAGCUCCAAGAUCGUCCAGAGCAGCAAAGGGGGCAGCGGCUCCGAGGGCAAGCAGAAGACUGUCUACCAGACCCUGUCCCCCAAACUACUGUGGAAGAAAUACCCUCUCCCGGAUAACGCUGAGAACAUGUACUUCUUCUCGUCGCUGGCGCUGACGUUGAAUGAGCCGGAGGAUGGGGUGGGGCUGACGGACAGCCGGCAGAGACCGGACCAGAGGCUGAUGGAGGCGGGGAGAUGGGACGAGGCCAACUCUGAGAAACAGAGACUAGAAGAGAAACAGAGAGCUGUGAGGAGGAGGAGAGAGGCAGAGGCCACCGAUGCACUUGAUGACGAGUGUGAUUAUGAUGACUCUGGUCGGGAGUACGAGGGCUUCCAGCCACAGUGGUUCCACAAGAGGACGAACGCCAUCACUGGAGAGACAAACUUUGUGUACAAGGGUGGAUACUGGGAGGCUAAGGACAGUCAGGACUGGAGUAUGUGCACUGAAAUCUUCUAAGCCUCGACCACACCCAUCCUACCCCCUCACUGGACUCACCCAGGCCCAUGAGACUGCUCUACCGCUGGCCCUGGAGGAAGAGGGGUAUGGGUCUGGGUGUGGACCUCUAUGUGCGAAUGUGUACGUGUCACACACUCACAAUACAGUGUACCUCCCCACGUACACACACACUUCAUCUUUUUUACAGAGUCAAAGGAGAGAAGGGGCCUUCUCUAGAUCCUCUCUGACAACAUAGCACUGAGCUCUAUGGGGUGUGAGCGAGAGGAGAGAUUGAAUACCAUAGAAAAAGGACCCAA